UAGGUACUAGAACAAAACAUACACAUCUUAUUGUUGUGUGUCGUAUCGGCAUUGUAGAUUCCAACCCUUUGUUCCUUCCUUCCUUAACUUUUUGUUCGGCCAAGUUUCUCUGUUUCCUCAUUCACCCUCAUAUCUCCACUUUCACUUUCAAUUUCUCUUUGCUGCUUUUCCCCUAUUCUCAAUGGGUCUCUGGGAUUCCAUGCUCAACUGGCUCCGCAGCUUGUUUUUCAAACAGGAGAUGGAACUUUCCCUUGUGGGGCUUCAGAAUGCUGGCAAGACAUCUCUUGUCAAUUCAAUUGCUACUGGGGGUUACAGUGAGGACAUGAUUCCAACUGUUGGGUUCAACAUGCGGAAAGUGACUAAGGGAAAUGUCACCAUAAAGCUUUGGGACCUUGGUGGACAGAGGAGGUUCCGGACAAUGUGGGAGCGCUACUGUCGCGGCGUCUCUGCUAUUGUGUAUGUUGUAGAUGCUGCGGAUAGAGACAGCGUUCCGAUAUCUCGAAGUGAGUUACAUGAACUCUUCACAAAACCCUCUUUGAGUGGGAUUCCUUUGCUUGUUCUUGGCAACAAAAUUGACAAGUCAGAAGCUCUUUCCAAGCAAGCGUUGGUCGAUCAGCUAGGACUAGAGUCGAUUAAAGACAGAGAGGUCUGCUGCUAUAUGAUUUCAUGCAAGGAUUCUGUAAACAUAGAUGCGGUCAUUGACUGGCUUAUCAAACACUCAACAACUGCAAAAUGAUCCUCGGGUUUGCUAGUAUUUGAUUUUUGGCCAUAGAUGCAAGGUGUUGAUGGAAUCCUUCCAGGUAGGUGAGUAGGUAUCAAACACACCUUUUAGUUGUGGUUCAAGUAGGUGAGUUUGUACUUUGUACAGUAAUCAAACUUUGGUUAAAUCUUCCAUGCGAUGUUAUUAUGUUUGGUUAAACUGGUUAGUUGAUAUUGUACAAGUUUUUUACAGCUUCUGUUUAUUUGAUUAAAAAUAUUUAACAUUAUUAUGAUCAUUAUAUGAUGAAAAAUGUUAUUUUUUUA